CACAUGCUGUCCCAGCUGGGUGCCAGGGGUGGAGAGGGGACGGUGGCCCUGGAACUGCCCAGGUCUUACACCAGCAAGCUGCUCAGUUCUGCACCCCUCCUCCCAUCUGGGCUCUCUCUUUGGCCCUGGAAGGUAUUUCUGGCAAGGCCAGGGAAGACAGAAGGGACACAAACCCUACGUGGUUGCCCCAAUGCUGUUCCCACAGGAGCUGCUUGCAUUUCGUGUUCCCAGAUUCUUGUGGACGCCCACAGACGCAGCCUCCUCCCUCCGCCCCCACGUCAAGAAACGGAAGGGUUUGAGCCACUUUCGUGGCUGUCACAUGAAAGUUGGUGUAAAUCUCUCCAAAUCUUUUGCUUAUCCUCCAGCAAACUAUUAACAUUCCUGAGGACUCUUCAUGUCUGGCCAGAAAUUCAUUAGUGAGGCGCCUGGCUCUGGAGGAGAGCGGCCCUUUUGCAGGAGGCUGCUGGCACAAUGGGGCGCUGGGCAGGCACAGAGGAGUGGUGGCAGGGGUGCUGUGAGGUUUGGGCACAAAGCACUGAAACCCACUGAAGUGACAGGGUGGUCACUGCCAUGGCAUGGUCUUUGGAGAGUUUGUUUAAGGAGAGUUGGAGCCUCCUGAGUCCAGUUGCCCAGUGAGGAUCUAAUCUAGUCUGCCACUGGGCAGAUGGGGGUCUUGAGAAGUGACUCGAGGUGCCCAGCUUGGGUGGUCUAAUUAGCAAAGAACCCUGCACCUUCAUCUUUUGGACUUGGGGCUCCUGGUGGUGGCUGUAGCCAGACAUAGAAAUGUGGUAACCUCCUGUGGCAGCACCAACUGGCAAGCCUGGGAGAGAGCUGGCUGGACCCUGAGCUCAUCUGCUGCUUCCAACAGGGGUCACCUCCCUGCAGGUCCAUCCCUGGGGCUAGUGAGGACCCCACAUGUCGAGUCUGGCAACUGGCAGCCUCUGGGCAGUGGGGUCACACGAGGUUUUAGUUGUGUAGCAGAGCCAUCCUGCGGGUGGGGUGCUCUCCUCUCUGCGCCCUUAAGCCAUGUGGGACUGGCAGAAUGGGAGCUCACAGGGCUGGAAGUGGGACCUGUGCCAGGACAACAAAGCUCUGACUGGGCGUAUUGGGUCUGGCUGUGAUGGAGUUCAUUUUCCCCUGCAAAACCAAUACACUGGCCUCUGCGGGGCAGGGCCCUGGUAUGGGGACCUCAGGACAUGCAGAGAAACUCCUGCUCACACAGGCGAGUCCUGUGAGGGCAAGGAGGGGGUGAGGGGAGGAACAGAAUAAUUGGGGGUGUUUUCCCUGGCACUGUCAGUGUGUGCACCCAAACAUGGACACAUUUUACAGCUCAUGAUCUAAUAGACUGAACCAUACAGGUGGGGAGCAAUGGAUAUGGCUCUGCCUUUGGGAUCAGGUACUUUUUGGUGAGCCAGGAGAAUUGCCUACUAUCCAGUCAGAUCCCAGACCUGAUCUAUCUGGCCUUUAUUUCUCAUCCAUCCCCAUGGUGUCCAGAAACAGCCCAUGGGCUGUGAUUUAUACACCACUUCCCUUUGGUCAGAGAAGCAACUGAUGGCUGCAGUGACAGCAGCUAUUUUAGUCAAAUCAGUAAUUAUCUGGAGUGUGAGUGACCGGGAUGACAGGGACACUCCAGCUGAUUGCAGGCGCUGUGCCUGGCUGGCAGCCCGUGCAGCUGCAGGGUGCUCAGCACCCAGCAGUGUUCAGCCCCACGUCCUGCAGGAUUUAGGGUGGGGAAGAGGCUGCUGUGCCUGCCUUUGGAGCGAGGGAGGUUGGGGCUGGGAUCUGCCGCUGGUCGGUGUAGCUGGGAGGGAGACAAGCUGAGGGGAAACACUGGUGAGGGGUGAGCAAAGGAAAGACAGGAAGAGCUGGUAAAGGAGAGAGUUAGGAAGAGGGAGAGGAUGUGUUGCAAAGCUCUCAUGAGCAAAAGCUGACAGGCAGGUCUGUGUCCAGGUGUGCACCAAGGAUCUGCCAAGCAUCAGCCCUUGAGCUUCAGCUGCAAAACAGCCAGAGCUGGUGCUCCUAUCACCAAGCCUGGCCUGAUGGGACGUGCAACCGGGAGCUAGAGAAGGUUGGAAAACCAGGAUCAAUAAGCACUUGGUAAUUAAUGUGCUUUAAUAAUAGCCUAAGGGCUGUUAUUUCCAAGCUGCCUGGGGAUCUGCAUGCCCAGCUCUCUAUUUCAACAUCCCAGCCACCCCGGCUUUGGCCUUUGUGCAGGUGAAGGAGCUGCAGAAAGAUGUUACCCUUCAGGAGAGCAGCAAGCAGUAAAGCUGUCACAUGUCCUAUGAGAGCUCAGUCAGGGAUUUUCAGCUUCCCUGUGAGGAGGGGCAGCACAGUCACAACUGGAGGACUUCACCCUGCAGCCCCCGUGAGGCUCCUGCUCACUUGUUGGUGAAUGCCUUGGUAGGAAUCCAUGGAGCCCCAUCGCAGGGGAGAAGCCCUGGCAGGAGGAUGAUUCACCAUUGCAUCUUUUUGGAGCAGCAUGUCCCUGCACAGUGCCAUCUGCUCUGUCCCUCAGCCCCAGGCAGGAGGCAAGGAGGAGAGUCCUUGCCCAUGCUGGUGGGGCUGCAGGCACCCAUGGGACCCGUGGGACCUGCUGCCCCAUGUUCCCUGCCCCCAGGCUGUGUGCUGCCACCAGUUCUCCCAUGCCUCAGCCCUGUCCUGCUGUUCAGCCUGCUGCGCUCCUGUCUCCUCUUUCCCUGCAAAGCCAGGGGCAGAGUGAGAGCCCAGCCAGCGCCUCUGAGCUCUUUGUUCUGCGCAGAAGGGCUGCUUGCUCAAGCAGGGACCUGUAUCUCAUCAGCCUCGGAUGCUGUCUCCUUGCCUGGUGAUGUGAGGGGCUCGUUUGAAUUAAUUAGCAGGAAGGCUGCAGGGUUCUGUGGUCGGUGGCAGCAGGAAUACCUCCCCGAGGUCACGGUGUCGCCUGGAAGGCACGGGGCUCCUUGGGCCAGGACACGCUUUGCAGAUGGGAGGGUGAAGCCCCCAGGUACUGAAGCACAGCCAAAUCCAGGCCGUGCAGUGCCGGACAGAUGUGGAGGGAGAACAGCAAGGUGUAGGUCCCUGUCACUGCCGGGGCUGAGGGAGCCCCUGCCUGUCUCCAGCACAGCUGCUGGCAGUGGGCUCAGGCAGGGGUUUGGGGAAUUUAUUCAAGAGUCAAGGCUGGAGCAAUGCUUUGAGUCAUCAGUGCUGCCUUGCACAUCCCAUACGUGAUACUGUGGCCUUAAUUAAACCGAAGCAGAGCCUUAAUUAAACACAAGUCAGAGACAGCCUACACAGGAAACAGGCAGCUGGCUCCCCGCCAUGUGAGGUGGGCACUGGAGUAUCUCCCAGAAAGGUAUCACCAUGUGGGGGUGAAGGAAGACAGGAUGGGCUACAGGGGACAAGGCUGCCCCUGACCCACAGGCAUCACAGGGGAGAGCAGGCAGAUUUGGGAUGGGGAGAAAAGGGGUGCUGGGUUCCCUUAGGGUGCCUGAUCCCCUCAGAGGAGCCAGUUUCUCUCAGAGCACCGGCAGCCAGGGGUGCUGGUUCCCCUCAGAGGCGUCUGUUCCCCUCUGAGGAGCUGAGUCACCUCAGAGGAGCCAGUCCCACUCAGGGCACGGGUAACCGGGGUGCCGGUUCCCUUCAGGGAUGCCCGGUGCCCUCAGAGGUGCCGGUUCUCUUCAAGGCGCAGGCAGCCGGGGUGCUUGAUGCCCUGAGGGAUGCUGCUUCCCUUUACAACAGAGGAUUGCCGGUUCCCUUCAGGGGUGCCUGUCCCCUCAGGGAUGCCUGUUCCCUCUGCGACAUGGGAGUGCCGGUUCCCUUCGGAGGAGCCGGUUCUCAGUUCCCCUCAGAGCCCAGGCAGCGGGGGUGCCCGAUCCCCUCAGGGAUGCCGGCUCCCUUUGUGGCACGGCGGCGUGGGCUCUCCUCGGAGGAGCUGGUUCGCAGUUCCCCCGCAGGGCGCAGACAGCCGGGGCAGCGCUUCCCCCCGAGCCGCCGCUGCCUCGGCUCCCCGGAGCCGGGGCGGCCCCCGGGGGCGGGCCGGGGCGGAGCCGCCGCGCCGUGCCCGCCCCUCGCAGCCGACAAGGGAUGAGGUAAUCGGGGAAGCGGCUGAAAUUGAAGCCCGGCGGCGGCGGAGGCAGCGGCGGUGCAGCCCGGGCCGGGGCAGCCCCCGCCGGGCGCGCCGCGCCAUGACGGAGCGCUGCAGCCUGUGGAGCGCCCUGUCCGCGGCCGCCUGCUGCUUCUACCGCGGCUCCUUCAUGCAGGUGCAGUUCUCCAAGGAGAAAUACAUCCUCGACUCAUCACCAGAAAAGCUUCACAAGGAGCUGGAAGAGGAGCUGAAGCUGAGCAGCAGCGACCUGCGCAGCCAUGCUUGGUACCACGGCCGCAUCCCCCGGGAGGUGUCCGAGAGCCUUGUGCAGAGGAAUGGUGACUUCCUCAUCCGUGACUCGCUCACCAGCCUGGGUGACUACGUGCUGACGUGCCGCUGGCGCAAUGAGCCGCUGCACUUCAAGAUCAACAAGGUGACAGUCAAGUCCAGCGAUGGCCGUACCCAUGUCCAGUACCUCUUCGAGCAAGAGAGCUUCGAUAACGUGCCUGCCCUCGUCCGCUUCUACGUGGGCAACCGCAAGGCCAUCUCGGAGCAGAGCGGGGCCAUCAUCUACUGCCCCAUCAACCGCACCUUCCCCCUGCGCUACCUGGAAGCCAGCUACGGGCUGGCCAACGGCAAGCACGGGGGACCCCAGAGCCCCUCCACCCAGAAAGGGGGGCACAUCAAGAGGAGGAGCAUCACCAUGACAGAUGGUCUGACCGCAGACAAGAUCACCAGGGCUGAGGGGUGCCCAACCAGCGUGUCCCUGCCCCACCACAGAGACAUCAUUCGCAACUGUGCUGUCAGCGUGGACCAGAUCCAAGACCUGCACUCCCCGAUGUCCCCCAUCUCUGAGAACCCAGCAUCACCUGCCUACAGCACAGUCACACGGCUAAAGCCACAUGCCUGCCAAGCAUCUGGAAUCACCCCAGCCUCUCCGGUCAUAAGAAGGUCCAGCGAACCCCAGCUGUGCCAUGGGAACAACGGCAAACCUCUUGCAGACCCUGCCCACAGCUCCCAUUCGACUCCCUGCCAUGGGUACGCCCGGGCCUCCCCCUCUCCCUCCGUGAACAGCUACAGCGAGCCGGACUCGGGGCACUACUGCCAGCUGCACCCCACCUCGCCCAUCAGCAGGGACCGGCCAGCCCACGACACCAAGCAGCUACCAACAAAGAGCUACGUGGAGAGGCUAAAGGGGGAGGAAGGACAGAGAGGGACUGUGGACAACAGCUCUGGGGAAGCAGAGGCAGGGCAGAGGCUGAAAGCAGAGCUGGACUUCAAGGGCUUUGUGCCCCCUACCAUGGAAACAACCUCCUCCUUCAACCCUGCUGCCUUCCAGUCCCUGCUCAUCCCCCUAGAUAACAAACCUCUGGAGAUGACUGUGCUAAAGAAGGUCAAAGAGCUGCUGGCAGAGGUGGACGUGAAGACACUGGCCAAACACAUCACCAAAGUGGACUGCCUGGUCGCCCGGAUAUUGGGUGUGACAGUGGAGAUGCAGCGGCUCAUGGGGGUGAGCUCUGGCAUGGAGCUGCUGACCCUUCCCCACGGCCACCAGCUCCGCCUGGACCUGCUGGAACGGUUUCACACCAUGUCCAUCAUGAUCGCAGUGGACAUCUUGGGCUGCACAGGCAGCACGGAGGAGCGGGCAGCCCUGCUCCACAAAACCAUCCAGCUGGCUGCCGAGCUGAAGAGCACCAUGGGGAACAUGUUCAGCUUUGCAGCUGUAAUGAGUGCCCUGGAAAUGACACAGAUUGCGCGGCUGGAGCAGACCUGGAUGGUGCUGAGGCAGCGGCACACCGAGGGUGCAAUCCUCUAUGAGAAGAAGCUUAAGCCAUUCCUGAAGAGCCUGAAUGAAGGGAAAGAAGGGCCACCGCUGACCAACACCACCUUCCCCCACAUCAUACCCCUCGUGACUCUCCUGGAGCGGGAUGAGGCUCUCACGGAAAGCCCCGAGCCCUGGGAGGCCACUGACAACGGCGUGGAGGUGGUCAUGGCCCACCUGGAGGCAGCACGGAUGGUGGCCCACCAUGGUGGGCUCUACCACACCAACGCUGAGGUGAAGCUGCAGGGUUUCCAGGGCAAAGCAGAGCUGCUGGAAGUCUUCAGCACUGAGUUCCAGCUGCGACUGCUCUGGGGCAGCCGUGGGGCUGAGAGCAGCCAGGCUGAGCGCUAUGAGAAGUUCGACAAGGUCCUCACCGCCCUGUCCCACAAGCUGGAGCCAGCAGUGCGCUUCAGCGAGCUGUAAACCCCCCAGGCCCUCAGAGACCCCAGCUCCCAGCCUGCAUCCCACCAGUGGCUGUGGGGCGAGGGAAUGGACCAGGCACCCAGCAUCAGGAGGAGGAGAGAUGGCCCAGAAAGGCACAGGCAUGGGUUGGCAAUUUUGAGACAAAGAAGAGGAAAAGCAGCCACCUCAAAUCUACCACCCACCUCUUCAGGACACAACAAGCCAGGGGUCCACACUGCUACUCUGAAGAGUGGGGACAGUGUCUGGGCCAGCCAGCACUGGCUGCCACACCCAGCCCUGCCGGGGUCUACAUGGUGCCCCUCACCUCACCCUUUGGUUUUGUUUUUUUACAUCUCCAUCUUGCCCACAGCUGCUGGAUCCUGUGUGUAAAUAUAUUUUCAUGAUUACUUCUUGAUGUACAGAGUUGUGAAGGACAGUCCUUGUUGUAAAUAAUUAGGCUUAUUCAUUUUGUCAUGUAAAUACAUGUACAUAUCUCAUGGGUUUGGUUCUUACAUACAAUAAACUUCUAUCCCGUUCCUCAAGGGGA